UUACCAGGACGCAGUGAUGCAGGUCGAGCGGAUGACUGUAUUAUCAGACAAAACAAAUCGCAGCGGGCUACAAAUACUUUUUAAAUAAUUGCAUAUUUUAUGGUAUUUUGCAUAAUAAAGAUGAAGAAAGUUGCAGAUAAUAUGGUUGUUUGUCUAAUCUAACCGCGAUCAGAACUAAACAAAAAUGUAGUUUGAUUUGAGAUUAUGCCUGUGUGAAAAAACAGUUGUCAUUGGAAAGCGGUUGUAGCAACUUGUGCGGUUUAAAUUGACGGAUAUCUAAUUCAUAUGAUGAGUUGAUCUCGGAGUUAAUUAUCAAUAACAGUGAAAUAUUUAACUAGCAAAAAGACAGAAAUAAAGUCUUCGCCCUUAUAAUGGGAAUACUCUGGUUCUCGGUAUGGAUAUUAUUCUCGUGGUACAUUGUGAUGUUGCCAUCAGUUCACCCGGAAGAAGUAACUGUUAAAGACGAUGAGAUAAAAGAUUGGUUUGGACAGAGAAAAGAACUUAAAAAGACAUCCGGAGAAAGUUGGGUUGUCAAAGAAAACAUCGUGUAUACUUGUGGUAUUGGUACAGAAAAUGAUUUUUGGUUAAUCACACCUUAUAUUGAUCUCAGUGAAAGCAUCGCUGAAGUAAUCAAUGUGGAUGUGGAAGCUGAACUUACCUUGUGUGAUGAUCCUGGUGCACCCAAAGGUUCAUCAAGCAGAUUGAAGUGUUUUUCAAACUACUUUGAAGUUUAUAUUUAUCGAGGGAAUAUUGAAGAGACAUCUCCUGAUCUGAAUUAUCUGACAGAAAGAUUUCAGCCACUUUACAACAUCACCAACGACACCUCCCCGAAUUCAAUCUUUACUAGAAGAAUCAAAACGUUCUCAUUCCCUCAAAAUCAUUCACAAGGCGUGACCUUUGCGAUAAGAUCCAGAGGAGCUUGUGGAUCAAUAUUCAAAAUGAAAAUGUAUUAUUAUUACUGUAAGGAAAUAUUUAUCAAUGGUCUACAAUUCGUGAACACUACAUCACCUGCCAAAGGGUUUAAAACUGUCCAAACAACAGCAAAAACUUGUUCAAACAACUCAGUAAAAUCAAUAAAUGCAGCAGGAAACAAAACGAUGACAUUGUAUAUUGGAUAUUGUUUUACCAAUGGCACGUGGAGUAUACCGCAGUAUGCUGAUUUACGAUGCUUAUGUCGUGAGGGAUACACGCUAACAGACGGUUUAUGCGCAAAAUGUAAAUCCAAUACAUACAAGUCGUCAAUUGGAAAUGAAAUAUGCAUUCCUUGUCCAAAAAAUUCCGUGAGUGAAAAAGGACAAACUCAGUGUCGGUGCAAUUAUGGCUUUUAUCGUUUAAAAGGGAAAAAUUAUGAGCAUCCAUGUUAUGAAUGUAAACUCAAUACAUACAAGUCGUCAAUUGGAAAUGAAAUAUGCACUCCUUGUCCAAACAAUUCUGCAAGUGAGAAAGGACAAACUCAGUGCCAGUGCAAUGAUGGCUUCUAUCGUUUACAAGGGGAAAAUUAUGAGCAUCCAUGUUAUGGAAUUCCUUCAGAGGUUUGGAACAUCAUAGUUUUGGAGAGAACUGAGACCACAAUUACGUUGCAAUGGCAACAGCCUGAGAAGCAGUACCAAGGUGCCGUGUAUGAAAUAGAGUGCAAUAAAUGUCCAUCAAGCAAUGAUAGUGCAACAUGUGAAGAGCAGUGCGGAAGAUCAGUGACGUUUAUACCAUCACAAACUGAUCUCAAGUAUACGAAUGUAACGAUACAAGGUCUUGAUCAAAACACGGAAUACCAGUUUGUGAUUUAUUCCAAGAAUAAAUACAGUGACCGCAUCAAUAAGACUAACUGGAGAUAUAGUGUGAAGAAAAUUAAAAAGUUCGAAGAAUGUAAAUCCAAUACAUACAAGUUGUCAAUUGAAAAUGAGAAGUGCACUCCUUGUCCAAACAAUUCUGCAAGUGAGAAAGGACAAACUCAGUGCCACUGCAAUGAUGGCUUCUAUCGUUUACAAGGGGAAAAUUAUGAGCAUCCAUGUUAUGGAAUUCCUUCAGAGGUUAGGAACAUCAUAGUUUUGGAGAGAACUGAGACCACAAUUACGUUGCAAUGGCAACAGCCUCAGAAGCAGUACGAAGAUACCGUGUAUGAAAUAGAGUGCAAUAAAUGUCCAUCAAGCAAUGAUAGUGCACCAUGUGAAGAGCAGUGCGGAAGAUCAGUGACGUUCAUACCAUCACAAACUGAUCUCAAGUAUACGAAUGUAACGAUACAAGGUCUGGAUCAAAACACGGAAUACCAAUUUGCGAUUUAUUCCAAGAAUAAAUACAGUGACCGCAUCAAUAAGACCAACUGGAGAUAUAGUAUGAAGAAAAUGAAAACGUUCGAAGUUGACGAAGGGGACUUAGGGGGCUCCAAUGACAAGUCGAAAACGCCAGAGAUGCUUGGAAUUGGAAUUGGAGUAGCAAGUUUCUUCUUAAUUAUCAUUGUGGUUGUUAUUCUUGUAUUUCGGCGAAGACGAUCCGCUGCACAGAAAUCUCAAUCCUGGGAAGGCGACGUCAAUGCUAAAAAUAAUGUACGAAAUUCAUUGCGUGAACUAAAAACGCUUCAUAAUCGGAAUCUUGAAGUUGUAUAUGUUCACGUGUUGAAAGACUGGGAAAUUUCACCAAAUGAUCUGAAGGUGCUGGACAAAAAUCUAGGAGCUGGUCAGUUUGGAGUCGUGAAACAAGGCUUGUAUACACCUCAAAAUGGCGAGCCUGAGAAAGUUGCCAUAAAAAUGUUGAAAGAAAAUGCGUCCGAAUCCGAGUUAUUAGAUCUACUGGCUGAGAUAAAGGUCUUAAAAGAAGCCAACAAGGAAAAACACCCAAAUAUUAUAAAAUUUAUUGGAAGUUGUUUUAUGAAAGGGAGACGCGUGAUGGUAACUGAGUUUUGUCCCGGAGGAAAUCUGCGAAAGUUCCUAAUCAAAAGUAGAAUCAAUGAUAACUCGUCAGAUUCUCACAAUAUUUAUGUCAAUAUAACAUCAACGUUAAGCGAUCGUCAGUUGUUGAAGUUAGCUGUGGAUGUCGCUUGUGGAAUGGUUCAUCUUUCCUCUCGGAAGUUUCUUCAUCGGGAUUUAGCGGCCAGAAAUAUUCUUCUUGGUGAAGAGAAUGUGGCAAAAAUUUGUGACUUUGGUUUGGCCAGAGAUGUUGGAAGUGCUGAAAAAUAUAUACGAAAUACGCAGAAUCUUCUUCCAGUGAAAUGGAUGUCCGUGGAAAGUUUAUUUGAUGGUGUCUUCACAACUGCAAGCGAUGUAUGGAGUUUUGGCGUUCUUCUGUAUGAAAUCGCAACUCUUGGGGAGGAACCAUACAAGAACAUUCCAGCACGUGCUGUUAUCACUCACGUGGAAUCGGGAGGUCGAAUGUCAAAACCUCCACAUUGCUCCAAUGAGGUAUAUGAAAUAAUGUCAAAUUGUUGGAAAGUCGAUCCAAAGGAGCGACCCACUUUCCCAGAAAUAUUGCGGGCUUUACGUGAUAUGCUGAAUGAUAGAGAGCACACGUAUAUUAAUGUAUCACAAGUAAAACAGUGAAAGACUACAGAUAGCAGCCCAGCCUGCAGAUGCUAUGACCACGAUGGACGAAACGAAUUCUAAUAUAGCAAAUCGUGUUCUCAAUCGACAAUCGUUUCAAAUGGAAGUGAAAGUGCUUAUUACAGUAAAAUUUUAAUAU